CUGGAUAUAAGGACUAUCACAUCGGUGCUGACUUCAGCAGCCAUCCACCUCAAAGGUGCAAGAUACAAACUCUUCAGAAACACCGCUCAAGCCUCCAGGUGGUAGCAAGGAUAAUCCAUGGCAACAUCCAUGGAGCUGCUGGCAAUAUUGGAGGAUUUGGCAGGUGAAGACUUUAAGAAGUUCAAAUGGUUCCUGCAGCAGGCUGAUGUCUUGGAAGGCUUUCCAGCGAUCCCAAAGAGCCAGUUAGUGAAUGCAGACAGGCUGGACACUGUGGAUGAGAUCAUAGAUACCUAUGACAAAAAUGCAGUGGAGGUGACCAUUAAGGUUUUGAAGUUGAUCAAAAAGAAUUUAUUGGCACAGCGUUUAUUAAACAUCAACUCAACAUCCAAAGAGGCUCUCACUGAUUCCAAGCGUAAACUCAAAUCCAACCUGCAGAAAAAGUUUAAGCAUUUGUUUGAGCAAGACACAAAAUCUGGAAAGCAGAUGUUGAUGAACGAGAUCUACACUGAGCUGCUCAUCACAGAGGAAAGGUCUGAAAAGAAAUUUGGACAAAAUGCAACAGCAUCCGGCAACACAGUUAAUUCUGAACAGCUUAUCAACUUCUUCGAAACCUCAGCGGGUCAAGAUGGAUCAGUUAGAACGUUAUUGACAAAAGGAGAAGCAGGGAUAGGGAAGACCGCCUUGACGUGGAAGCUUGCCCUGGAUUGGGCUGAAGAAAAAAUCGACAGCAAUGCACAGUUCAUAUUUCCAUUCACUUUCCGAGAGUUGAAUUCACUCAAGGAGAAAAAGUACAGCUGGGUACAACUUAUUCAUCACUUCUUUGCUGGUACCAAGGGAAUAAGUUGCUUUGAUAAACUCCAGAUUGUGUUCAUCCUUGAUGGUCUGAAUGAGUGUCAACUUCCUUUGGACUUUCACAACAACGAGAUCCUGACUGAUGUCACUGACUCAGCUUCAGUGGACGUGCUGCUGACAAACCUCAUCAUGGGGAAACUGUUCCCUUCUUCCUCUCUCUGGAUAACCACAAGACCUGAGGCAGCCAGUCAAAUCCCUCCAGAGUACAUUCACAUGGUGACAGAGGUGGGGGGAUUCACUGAUCCAAAGAAGGACGAGUACUUCAGGAAGAGAUUCAGGAAUAAGGCGCUGGCCAGCAGAAUCAUCAACCACAUCAAGACAUCACGAAGCCUUCAUGUCAUGUGCCACAUUCCAUACCUCUGUUGGGUCACUGCAACAGUUCUGGAGGAUGUGUUGAAAACCAAUGACAAAGGAGAGCCACCCAAUACCUUAACUGAGCUUUAUAUCCAUUUUCUAUUAGAUCAGUUCAAAGUGGUGAAUGAAGAAACAGAUCCACUCAGGAACACAGAGACCAGCAAGAUGAUUUUUUCUCUGGGAAAACUGGCUUUUGAGCAGCUGCAGAAAGGCAACCUCAUCUUCUAUGAGGCAGAUCUCAGAAAGUGUGGCAUUGAUAUCAGAGCUGCCUCUGUGUACUCAGGCGUGUUCACGCAGAUCCUUAAAGAAGACCAUGGGCAGAACCAGGACAAACCUUUCUGUUUUGUCCAUUCAAGCUUCCAGGAGUUUCUGGCUGCUGUUCAUGUCAUUGUGUCAUUCACCAACUCUGGUGUCAACCUACUGUCAGAAGAAGAAUCAUCUUCCCAACAGUCAGAGCAAUCUGAAGUCAAACACCUCUUCCAGAGUGCAGUGGAUAAGGCUUUACAGAGUCCGAAUGGACGCCUGGACUUGUUCCUGCGCUUCCUUGUUGGCCUCUCACUGCAGACCAAUCAAGCACUUCUUCAAGUGAAGCGAACAGGAGGUAGCUUACAGAGCAGUCAGGACACAGCCCAGUACAUUAAGAAGAAGAUCAGGGAGAAUACCAAUGUAGAGAGAAACAUCAACCUCUUUCAUUGUCUGAAUGAGCUAAAUGAUCAUUCUCUAGUGGAGGAGAUCCAACAGUACCUGAGUUCAGGAAGUCUGUCCCCUAACAAUCUGUCUCCUGCUCAGUGGUCAGCGCUGGUCUUCAUCUUAUUGUCAUCACACAGCUUGUUGGAUGUGUUUGACCUAAAGAAAUACUCUGCUUCAGAGGAAGGCCUUCUGAGGUUGCUGCCUGUUCUUCAAGCCUCCAAUAUAUGCCUGUUGAGUGGCUGUAGGCUGUCUGAGAAAAGCUGCAAAGCGUUGGCCUCAGGUCUUGGUUCCCUGACCUGUAAUAUAAGAGAGCUGGACCUGAGUUACAACAAUAAGCUUGGACACCAGGAGCUCACAGCUGGCUUGAAGUAUCCACAAUGUAAACUGGAGAUUCUCAGGCUUUGUGGAUGUGAUCUGGAAUCCAAGCAUUGUGAAGAUCUGUCUUCAGUUCUCAGUUACCCAUCAUCCAGUCUCAGAGAGCUGGACCUGACUUGCAACAACUUGAAAGAUAAAGGAAUGGUGCAACUUUCUGCGGGAUUGCAGAGUCCACACUGUAGACUUAAAACUCUCAGAUUGGUUGACUGUGAGCUGACGUGGAAAGGCUGUGAUGCUGUGGCCUUUUCCCUUAGCUCCCAGUCCUCUAGUCUGAGACAGCUGGACCUGAGUGUGAACAACCUGCAGGAUUCAGGAGUGCUGGUAUUCAGUGCUGGCCUGGAACAUCCACACUGUAAACUAGAAACACUGAGGCUAAGUGCCUGUAACCUGUCAGAAAACAGCUGUGAAACUCUGGCCUCAGUUCUCACCUCCCAGACCUCCAGCUUGAGAGUGCUGGACUUGAGUAGAAACCACCUUCAGGAUUCUGGAGUCAUCUUUCUUUCUACUGGACUGGAGAGUACAGGCUGUAACCUGGAAGCUCUCAGGCUGGGAGAGUGUGGGCUGUCAGAGAGAAGCUGUGAAGCUCUGGCCCCAACUCUCUGCUCCCAGACUUCUCGCUUGAAAGAGCUGGACCUGAAUAGCAAUGACCUGCUGGAUUCGGGAGUAAAGUUUGUUUCUGCUGGACUUGAGAGUCCUCAAUGUAAACUGGAAACCCUCGGGCUGUCAGGCUGCCAAGUAACAGAGGAAGGUUGUGCUUCUCUGGCCUCAGCUCUGAGCUCCAAUCCCUCCCAUCUGAAAGAGCUGGACCUGAGCUAUAACCAUCCAGGAGACUCAGGAGUGACACUUCUCUCUGCUGGACUGGCGAAUCCACAAUGGAGACUGGAAACUCUAAAAGUGGACCAUGGCGGAGUGGAGAGGUUAAAAACCGGUCUGCAGAAGUAUGCCUGUGAACUCACACUGGACCCAAACACAGCACACAGACAGCUCAUACUGUCUGAGAACAACACAAAGGUGAAAUACGUGAAGGAGGAACAACCUUAUCGGUAUCAUCAAGACAGAUUUGAUCAGUCUAAACAGCUGCUGUGUAGAAAUGGUUUGAAUGGUCGCUGUUACUGGGAAUUUGAGAGAAAUAAUAUCUUUUACGUAGCAGUGGCUUGCAAAGGAAUCAGCAGGAGAGAAAGUAGUGAAGACUGCAGCUUUGGAAGGAAUGACAAGUCCUGGGCUCUGACCUAUGAUGGAGAUCUCAUGUUUUGGCACAGUAACACAGGAAAACAUACACAUGCCUCUUUAAAAGAAGCAGCCAGACUAGCAGUGUAUCUGGACUGGCCUGCUGGCACUCUGUCCUUAUUCACAGUCUCUUCUGACACACUAACACACGUCUACACUGGCUCCUGCAGAUUUACAGAACCAGUCUACCCUGGGUUUGGCUUUCAGCUGGACUAUCAGCCGGGGCUGUGCCUGUCACAUUGGGAUUCCUCCGUGUCCCUGUGUCGGAUAGGUGAGGGAACAUCUGGGGCGGCUGUGGCUCAGUUGGUAGAGUCGGUUCGCCCCCAACCGAAGUUCAGGCACUUUGAGUGGUGACCUCAGUGACUCUUCACUGAGGUCAUCGAAAAAAAGGGGAAAUAGCAAGAUUUAAAAUUCCCAGUUCCAAGCGACAUUUAUUUGAGGGUAGACAGUUCAUUUUGGGGGGCAAAAAUUCCUGAUUAACCUUUCAGUAUAUUGUAAUUAAUGUGGUCUGAUAGGAAACUUGACAAUGUUCCAAUAAGUUCAUGCAAUGUCACUAGAUUUAUUUCUGUGAAGAGUUACAUUCAUUUUCACCAAGAUGUUGUAUUGAUGAUUGGUCACCAUCAAAGCGACGUCUUCUCCAGCACAUCCCGGAGAUUCUCAAUGGGGUUAAGGUCUGGACUCUGUGGUGGUCGAUCCACGUGUGGAAAUUAUGUCUCAAGCCACUGACGGAAAAACCUCAUUCAGUAUACUAUAACCGGAUAUUAUAAUCUAGACCUGAAGCAACCCCAGAUCAUAAAACUGCCCCCAGAGGUUGUUGACUCAUCAGACCAUAUGACCCAUUUUCUUACUCCAGAUCCCAUUUUUAUGCUCCAGAGCACACUGAAGCCUUUAUUAACCUCACUGAUAAGUGGUUUUCCUAAGGCUAAACAGCUGUUUAGUCCAUUAGUUUCUUUCGCCGUUGUGUGUGUGUUAAUGCUUCUACUUUCACUAAUAAACAUAGCUGUGAGUUCUACUGUUGAUUUGUUACGAUUUUAAUUUCACCAAACGUUUAGGUGAUCUACGACAGUAGUUCUCAACCUUUUUGAGUCGCGACCCCCAAUUUAACAUCCAUGUUGUCCACGACCCCCGCUCACUGAACAGAAUCUCACACGCACAGUUCAGAUCACCC